CCGAGCCGGUGGCGGGAAAUGCUGCAGGCCGGAGUGUGAGGGCUGCAGGUUCCUCGGGCCCCCGAAGACCGGCAGGGAGGGGGCCUUACAGUUUCCGUCUCCCCCUUCUCUACUUCCCUCUUGGCUGGUCCUCUGAUGUAUGGACUUGUACAUGAUGAACUGCGAACUUUUAGCCACAUGUAGUGCCCUAGGGUACCUGGAGGGAGACACUUACCACAAAGAACCAGACUGCUUAGAGAGUGUGAAAGAUUUGAUCCGUUACUUGAGGCAUGAGGAUGAGACGCGGGAUGUACGGCAGCAGCUGGGGGCGGCCCAGAUCCUGCAGAGUGACCUGCUGCCCAUCCUCACCCAGCACCGCCAGGACAAGCCUCUCUUCGAUGCUGUCAUCAGACUGAUGGUGAACUUGACACAGCCAGCCUUGUUGUGCUUUGGCAGUGUGCCUAAGGAGCCCAGCUUUCGGCAUCACUUUCUGCAAGUACUGACUUACCUACAGGCCUACAAAGAGGCCUUUGCCAGUGAGAAGACUUUUGGGGUCCUCAGUGAAACCUUGUAUGAGCUGCUGCAGCUGGGCUGGGAGGAACGGCAGGAGGAAGACAACCUGCUGAUUGAGCGGAUUCUGCUGCUAGUCAGAAAUAUCCUACAUGUCCCAGCUGACCUCGAUCAGCAGAAGAGCAUCGACGACGACGCCAGUGUCCAUGACCAGCUUCUCUGGGCAGUGCACCUGAGUGGCCUGGAUGACCUGCUCCUCUUCCUGGCCAGCUCGCCUGCUGAGCAGCAAUGGAGCCUGCAUGUGCUAGAAAUUAUCUCCCUCAUGUUUCGGGAGCAGAACCCCGAGCAGCUGGCCAGAUCAGGGCAGGGUCGUCUGGCUCAGGAGCGGAGCAGGGAGGUAGUGGAAUUGGAAGUGCUGCGGCAGCGAGAAAUGGCAGAGAAGAAGACUCGAGCCCUCCAGCGGGGCAACAGACAUUCCCGGUUUGGAGGUUCCUAUGUUGUCCAGGGCCUGAAGUCCAUUGGGGAGCGAGACCUCGUCUUUCACAAAGGUCUUCAGAAGCUGCAAAACUACACCUCUGACUUGGGGAAGCAGCCACGGAGGGUGCCGAAGCGGCGCCAGGCCGCCCAGGAGCUGUCUGUCCAGCGACGCUCGGCCCUCAACGUGCGGCUGUUCCUCCGAGACUUCUGCUCCGAGUUCUUGGAAAACUGUUACAACCGGCUCAUGGGCUCUGUGAAGGAUCACCUGCUCCGGGAGAAAGCUCAGCAGCAUGAUGAAACCUACUACAUGUGGGCCUUGGCUUUCUUCAUGGCCUUCAACCGAGCUGCCUCCUUCCGGCCAGGGCUGGUGUCUGAAACACUUAGUGUGCGCACCUUCCACUUUAUUGAGCAGAACCUUACCAACUACUAUGAGAUGAUGCUGACCGACCGCAAGGAAGCUGCCUCCUGGGCACGCCGGAUGCACUUGGCUCUCAAGGCCUAUCAGGAGCUGCUGGCCACAGUGAAUGAGAUGGACAUGUCCCCAGAGGAGGCUGUGAGGGAGAGCAGCCGUAUCAUCAAGAACAACAUUUUCUACGUGAUGGAGUACCGAGAGCUGUUUCUGGCACUCUUCCGGAAGUUUGAUGAGAGGUGGCAGCCCCGCUCAUACCUCCGGGACCUGGUGGAAACUACCCACCUCUUCCUUAAGAUGUUGGAGCGGUUCUGUCGGAACCGUGGGAACCUGAUUGUGCAGAACAAACGGAAGAAGAGAAAGAAGAAGAAGAAAGCCCCAGAUCAGGCUGCUGCUUCUGGUCAUGCCCCAAGUAGCCCAGGGGAGCUGGAAGCCGCGUGGCCAGCCCUGGUUGAGCAGUUACAAUGCUGUGUCCAGAAAUCUGAGCUCAGUGUGGACUCCGUGGUUCCCUUUGAUGCGGCCUCAGAGGUGCCUGUGGAAGAGCAGCGGGCAGAAGCCAUGGUGCGGGUCCAAGACUGCCUCUUGGCUGGCCAGGCACCGCAGGCUCUGACCCUCCUGAGGUCGGCCCGGGAGGUGUGGCCAGAAGGAGAUGUGUUCGGCUCUCCAGACAUUUCCCCAGAGGAGGAAAUCCAGCUGCUGAAAGAAAUCCUCUACGCCCCGCUGCCCCGGCAGCCAGGGGGAGAGGAACAUGGGCCAGAGGAAGAAGAGGAGGAAGAGGAGAUGGAGGAAGAGGAAGAGUUGCAAGAGGUCCAGGUGUCUGAGAAAGAAUUUAACUUCAUGGACUACCUGAAACGCUUCGCCUGUUCCACCGUCGUGCGAGCCUAUGUGUUGCUGCUGCGGAGCUACCAGCAGAACAGUGCCCACACGAACCACUGUGCCGUCAAGAUGCUGCACCGGCUGGCCCAUGACCUCAAGAUGGAAGCCCUGCUCUUCCAACUCUCAAUCUUCUGCCUCUUCAAUCGCCUGCUCAGUGACCCUGCUGCUGAAGCCUACAAAGAGCUGGUGACUUUUGCCAAGUACAUCGUGGGCAAGUUCUUCGCAUUGGCCGCCAUCAACCAGAAAGCCUUUGUGGAGCUGCUGUUCUGGAAGAACACAGCCGUGGUGCGAGAGAUGACAGAGGGCUAUGGCUCCCUGGACAGUGGGACAUCCAGUCGCCGGGCACCUGUAUGGAGCCCUGAGGAGGAAGCCCAGCUUCAGGAACUGUACCUUGCCCACAAGGAUGUGGAAGGGGAGGACGUGGUGGAAGCCAUCCUGGCACGCCUGAAAUCUGUGCCUCGCACGCGCAAGCAGGUCAUCCAUCACCUGGUACGGCUAGGGCUGGCCGACAGCAUCAAGGACUUCCAGAGGAAAGGGACACGCAUUGUGCUGUGGACGGAGGACCAGGAGCUGGAGCUGCGGCGGCUUUUUGAGGAGUUUCAGGACUCGGAUGACAUCCUGGGUCACAUCAUGAAGAACAUCACAGCCAAACGCUCCCGGGCCCGAAUUGUGGAUAAACUGCUGGCACUGGGGCUGGUGGCUGAGCGGCGGGAACUGUACAAGAAACGGCGCAAGAAAGCAGCCCCCUCUGGCCUGCCCAACGGGGGUACUUCCCCGAAAGAUUUGUCCCAGGAAGACCUAGAAGAGGAGGAGGAGGAAAAUCUGCCAGAGGAGGAGAGUGACGGAGAUGAGGAGACAGGGGAGGACUGGGAAGGUGGCCAGAUCCAGGGGAGCUCAGAGUCUCUGGCCGAGAGCCUGGGUCGAGGACUGCGUCAGGAAGGCUUCUCUGCCCCCAUCUUGUGGCUCCAGAGCUGUCUAAGCCGAGCAGCAGACGACAGGGAGGAAGAUGGCUGCUCCCAGGCAGUCCCAUUGGUGCCACUGACUGAAGAAAAUGAGGAAGCGAUGGAAAGUGAACAGUUUCAGCGACUGUUGCGCAAGCUCGGGAUUCGGCCGCCAGCAUCGGGGCAGGAAACUUUCUGGAGAAUUCCAGCCAAGAUGAGUCCCACCCAGCUGCGGCGAGCAGCCGCUUCUUUGAGUCAACUAGAGGCAGAGGAGGAGAAGCUGCAACCAGAGGGAACCCCUACGGGCCCUGGGGAGCGAGCCCCGGUGGAGGAGCAGCAGAGGGCGCCCCGAGCUGAGCCCCUGCAGGCCCUCAUGGUGGCCCGCAAACAGAAAGCUGGACCGGCAGCACCAGAGGAGGACGGGACUGAUGAGGAAAAAGAGCACCUGACAGUAGCACCCACAAAACGACACCUCCUGGACAGUGACGAGGAAGAGGAGGGAGGUAAGGAGGGACGCAGAGCACCAGAAGUGGGAGCUCCAAGAAGCCUUCACAAGAAGAAACGGUUCCAGAUUGAAGAUGAAGAUGAGGAUGACUGAGCCAGAGGCUUCAGGACAACAGUAGCCCAAUUGGCUGUGGUGAAUUUAAAUCCCGAUGCCGCUUACAGACAGAAGCAGUAGAGUCCUGGGCUCUGUCGUGGUCUUAGGGCCCGAGGCCUUUAGGCAAUGGUGUCGGACUCCUCUGCAGUGGUCCUGCCUCUCCCACUGUCACAAUGCGCCCACCAGCAAUCUAGAGGCUCAGUCCUCUCUUCUCAGAUUCAUCCACUUUGGCUAUUAGAGACCCUUGGCCAAUGAGAGAAGAGAGUGAAUUGCAGGGGGUCCUGCUCUGUGAGGAUUUCUGCUUGGAGCCUGUUGGUAUCCCCAGCCAGGGGAGGUGCCCAGCAUGGUCGGUGGGGGUGUCACCGCAUACCCCUGUCCUCUUGUCUUUCCUGUCAUCACCCA